AUGGAUCCCAAGGACAUACCAAAUUAUCACGAAUUCCGGGGACUUAUGGCGUUUUGCCCAAAUAUUACAACAGAAUACCUAUCUUCCCUGUGGAAUCUAGCAUACCAGUCACGUAAGCAAAACCAGUACAGCAAACCUAUGCCGUGGAUUGGGAUGUAUAUAGCAUUAGCAUCUCUGCUUUGUGUCCUUGCAAUGGUGGCUGAUUUAUUACAUGGUUUGCGAAACAGAAAGCUAUGGUUUCCAUGUAAAUAUUUCACUCUGAAUGCUGCAUCUCUCACUGUGAUAGCUGUUGCAAUAAAGCUACCCAUGGAUCUAACUACUCUCAUGCCGGGUUAUAUGGACCAGGUUACAAAGAUUGGAAGCAUGAGCUUUAUGUGCACCAUGAUGGCGAAUUUAUUGCCUUCUCUAGCAACCAAGGACAAUGAGGGACUUGUCUCAAACAUCAUAGCUUUAGCUCUUCUGGUAAUCUCCUUGGUUGUUAAUUUUUGCAUUCAGAUAUCCACGGGAAUUCUAUUUUUUACUCCUGAUGACGCAUUUGAGCAAUAUAAUAUAGGCUUCCUUGCCAGAUUUAUUUAUGUAGUCGGUUGGGUGGUUCCGAUACUCAUGUUGCUGAUAAUAUAUGCAUGUUCAGCAUUAGCAAUUCUAAAGUCGAAACAGAUUCUAGAAUUGAACUACCAAAGAGCUAAUCAAACAGCUUUAAAGGAUCAAGAGCUGAAAGCUGGAAGAUUAACUGUUGAGAAGCUAAAGCAGCAUGUGCGCAACUACUGGAUCAUGGCAGGAACUGGAAGCCCUCAAUUUAUGACAGCUUGCUCUGCUACAACCUCUGCUGCUGGGGCCAUGUUUAGCACAUCACGUCAUACAUCGGGACAACAGCCUAAGGAGCAAGUAGGAAAAGAUAAAGAUCUUACGGCCGGGGCAGAAAAACAACAACCCAAGAAUCUUAUGAAGCUUCUAUCAGAAUCUCGAGGUUUUGAAGGACUUGCAAAGUUUGACAGCAAUCAUGUUCCUUCUUUACUUUCACAAGAAAAUGUCAAUUGUUGGUCUUUGCCUUUGGUAACUCUAACAUGCAUCGCCAUGUCUCUACCUGACAUCCAAAAGAACAUGAUCGAUUGCUUGCUAAAUGGUGUGAGUGAGGGUCUUUUAUAUGUCACACUUGUGGAAGAAACCCUUAAUGCUACCGAUCAUGAUCAUGCAGGCAUUCAAAAGGCAGCUGAAACUUUGUGGGUAGAAGUUGAAGUCUACCACAAAUGGUUAGGAACUAAACUGCCAAAUCCUACGUCCAAAGUGAAUACACCGGGAGAUAUUCUUCAAUGGUUAAGGGAUAAAGCUAAGAACAAGGUCCUCAACGUGGAAAAUAUGGAUAUCACAGACCGAAAUGAUAAUUGGAAAUACAAGUCUAUUUGUGCCAAUUCAAUGUAUCGUAUCACUGAAACAAUCUUGCUCUCCUACCACGAGAACAUUGAGGAGGUUAGCCAAGAGGAACUAUUUUCACAUGUAUCAUCAAUGAUCGCAGAUAUAAUAGCUGCUUGUCUCACCAACUUACCCCAAGUCAUUCGAAUGAAAUGUACUGACAGUGCCAUAGAGAAAAGAGAGGCUAAUGUGCAAGCUGCAGCCCAACUUCUCGGUGAGACUACACAGAUAAUCAACAGUCUUCAAGAUCGUGAACUUCCAAGCUUGAAUCCAGACGAGUUGGCGUUUAUUGACAAGUGGUGUGCUUACUUAAAGAAUCCGUUUCCAUGA